CACUCUGUAUAUAAAUACUACCGGCGACAAUUUUACUCGGAGAUUUCGUUUUUGUGUUCUACGUUUUGUUAAAUCUAACGAAACGUAAACAACCAACAAAGAUGAAGUUCGCCUAUUUAACGAUCGCUGCCUGUUUCAUUGCCAUAUCUUACGCGGAACCUGCAACCAUAAACCAAGCAAGACCAGUUUCUAAUCGACCAGGAAGAUUUCUUUCGCUACCAGUGCCUAAUAAAUGCGCAAACAGACCGAAACAAUUUUUCUUUAGGGGACACAAUUAUUUCUUUACCGGUCAUGUUCCUGCAUUACAAAAUCGAAAAUUUGAUUGGUUAGAUGGAAGAAAUAUUUGUAGAGAAUAUUGUAUGGAUUUGGUAUCGUUGGAAAGCCAAGAAGAGAAUAACAUGAUCUUCAGGUUGAUUCAACAGAAUGAUGUACCGUAUAUUUGGACGUCUGGAAGACUUUGCGACUUCAAAGGUUGCGAAAACCGUGCCGAUUUAGAACCUAAAAAUGUUUAUGGGUGGUUUUGGUCGGCGAAUCGCGAAAAGAUGUCGCCUACAAAUCAAACUCCCGGAGGUUGGCAAUACAACCCGUGGUCUUCAACCGGACACAAAAAACAACGUCAACCUGAUAACGCCGAAUUCGAUAUUAAUGGAACGACGGAAUCUUGUUUGUCCAUUUUGAAUAAUGUUUAUAACGAUGGAAUCGCUUGGCACGAUGUUGCUUGUUACCACGAAAAACCGGUUGUUUGCGAAGAUUCCGAAGAACUUUUAAAUUAUGUUGCUUCCACAAAUCCUGGUAUUCGCUUGUAAAAAGGGAACGAAAACGAAGACGGUUUAUGGUUUAAGUUUUUUGAGGUUCCAUAAUGUAAUAUAAAGAUGUAAUUUAUUUUUUAAGGAAUAGAUUUGAGAUGAGAUUUUUUGUAAGAUAUAGGAAAGGUUAUAUUUUUUUCUGUUUGGACGUAAUAAAAGAAAACAUAAAUAUGAAAAGUGUUCAAUCAAUA